AUGAGCGAAGACGACAUCUUGCCCCUGUUGGAGACCCAGCCUGGCCUCAUCAACUUCCGCGUCCUUGUGUCGGCCAAAGAAGCCGGCUGCCUCAUCGGGCAGAACGGAGCCGUCAUUGACUCCAUCAGAGACGAGACGGCCACUCGCGCCGGCAUCUCGCAGUUGCGGCCCGGCACCCACGAGCGCAUUCUCACCGUGUCAGGGCUCGUGGACAGCGCAGCGAAAGCGUUGAGCUAUUUCGCCCAGGCGCUUGUCAACGCGCUGUCCGAGACGCCCUUCUCGUACCUGUACUUCCCGCUCAAGCAGAUGCUGCGCAUCGCCAACGUCGAGGGCCAGACCACUGUGUUGCGCAUGAUGGUGCCCAACAGCCAAAUCGGCACGCUCAUUGGCGCCCGCGGCUUGCGCAUCCAGCAGAUCCAGCGGCAGUGCAACGUGCUGAUGAUUGUGCUGAAGCUGUUUUUGGCCGGGUCGUCCGAGCGCUUGGUCGAGCUCCAGGGCACCGUGGACAACUUGUACGACGCUGUGCGCAUUGUGGGGCGGUGUCUUUUGCUGGGGGCGUCGCUGCUGGAAGAAACGGUGUUGUAUGUGCCUCGGCCAAGCAGCAAGGCGGCCGAGGUGCCGAAACCGGCCACGACGCAGGAGACGGUGCUGUUCCGAGACGACAUUGUGGGGGCCUUGAUUGGGAAGCACGGGCUGCGGAUCCAAGGCGUGCGCAAGGUGAGCGGAGCCACCAUUGCCAUUUCCGAAGAGGACGGCACGGGCGAGCGGCUGUUUACCAUUUCGGGGCUGCCGCUGGCCGUGGGGAAAGCCAAGCGCUUGUUGGCGUUCAACUUGGAGCGCGAGGAGCAGCGGCGGGCCGACCACGAGACCCAUGCCAGCAAUAGUUUCCAUCUGGACGAGAAGGGCCGGGAAGACGAAAACGAGAAAGGCCGGGAAGACGAAAACGAGGAAGGCCGGGAACACGAAAACAAUUUGGCAGAGAGCCGGGAUGGAGAUCCAAGUCGCAAAGACAUCGCAGAUGGUGACGAUGGGCCUGGUGAGCUGGAGCCUGCGGAUGGGACGAGUCGGGGCGAAGACGACGACCAGGCCGAAUCUGUGUCUACUGCCGCAUGA